CAACUGUGAUCGCGCGUCCGAGAGCUGCCUGUCGCCGCCAGUUAUCCUGUCUUCAGCGCCCGUAACCGUUUUGUCGCCCCGGACAUACACCCAACACAUCCGCCUCCAAGAGCUACCUCUUGCCAUUGCAGCUUCAGAUAGAACCGCUCCGAAUUGUCCAACCCACUCUCAUCUUUCGACGCAACACCUCGUACGACUCACAUACACCACCGUCAUGGAUCGGUUAAACAGGAUGCUUGCCGCCGCUCAGAGUAUGGGCGGUGCUGGGGGUGCAUCAGGUGGAGACACCAAUCUCAUCGACAACUCAGAAACCGUCUACAUCUCCUCUCUCGCCCUCCUCAAGAUGCUGCGGCAUGGUCGUGCUGGUGUUCCCAUGGAAGUCAUGGGUCUGAUGCUAGGCGAGUUCGUAGAUGACUACACAGUGCGUGUGGUAGAUGUGUUCGCCAUGCCACAGUCCGGCACAGGCGUCAGCGUUGAGGCUGUCGACCCAGUUUUUCAGACAAAGAUGAUGGACAUGUUGCGGCAAACUGGACGGCCGGAGACCGUUGUAGGCUGGUAUCACUCACAUCCCGGGUUUGGGUGCUGGCUAUCCUCUGUUGAUAUCAACACCCAGCAGUCGUUUGAGCAGUUAACGCCCAGAGCGGUAGCCGUGGUAGUCGAUCCAAUCCAAUCCGUCAAGGGAAAGGUUGUCAUCGACGCUUUCAGACUUAUCAAUCCACAGACCCUGAUGAUGGGGCAUGAACCCCGGCAGACCACCUCGAACUUGGGACAUCUCAACAAGCCGUCUAUUCAGGCACUCAUUCACGGCCUUAACAGACACUACUACAGCAUCGGCAUUAACUACAGGAAGACGGGUUUGGAGGAAAAUAUGCUGAUGAAUCUGCACAAGCACGUGUGGACUGAGGCGCUCGAGAUGAAUGACUUCAGGCUGGAGGCUGAGCGAAACAAGGACAAAUUGCAAAAAUUGGUCUCACUUGCAGAGGGCUAUGAGAAGCGGGUCAAGGAGGAAUCAGAGCUUACAAAGGAUCAAUUGAAAACGCGAUAUGUCGGCAAGAUAGAUCCCAAGAAGCACAUUGAGGAUAUUGGCCAGCAACUGCUCGAAGAUAACAUUGUGUCUGUCUCACGCCAGAUGAUCGACAAGGAGGCGUCGGUGCCGUCGACGAAGGCUAGAGUGUCUCAAACAAAUGGUCAUCUAAACGGAGAUAUGGAAACCGAUGACUGAAGGCUCAUGCGUCCAAGGAGCCCGAGAUUACGAGAAAUAUGGGCGGUUCUGUACCAGCAAUUUGCAAAGGCGCCGCCGUCUCACGAGGCAAAUGCGCUAUGAUAGAAAGAUCAGCGCAUGACGCCAUGUAAUACUAGACGUGGGAAAGCAUUUGCAUGGCGCUGAGGGGUAGCAUUCGUGAACUGACAACCUGUCGCUAGCGGGGGAAAUGAAUAGCUCAAAGCUUUUUUUGUUUAAAAAAAUCUACUAAGGACUCGGGUAAAUAUACAGGGCGGAACGGAAGCUAGCCCCUAGUAUCCUCAACCAGAAAGUUGCCAUUCCUUUGCCGACUAUGCAGAACAUGGUCACUUAGCUGCCUCGCGGACCAAAAACCCUCCC